AUGAGCUCCACGAACGAGGGGAAUGAUGAAGGCGCCCGCGAGGAUGAGCUUGAUCUCGGCCAGGAAGAUGAGGACCUCCCUGCCCAUGUCAAUGGGCAGUCUGAGUAUGCGAACGAUACAGUAGAACGCAAUGAUGCGGAGGAACAGACGGAUGACUUGCCCUCGGUGAAUGUGGACAAUCAGGAGUUCGAUCAGCAAGAUCAAAGUMCUCCCCGUCYCCCGCCGCAGGCACCAGGGAGCGCCGACGAGCUCUCGUCCAUACCGGACGAUACUCCAUCUCUACAUGGCUCUCUGCAAUCGUCACCAAGUAGCAGUGCUCUAGCCUUUCGAGCUUCUAACAGAUCAAGUCCCAGCCCCGCCCACCGUCCAUUCGACCUACGCUUUCAAUCGAGAUUAUCAUCUUCGUUUAGCAGUCCCCGACCAUCAUCUCCAUUCGUAUUGCGCACGCAUUCCCGCAACUCCUCAUUUGCUAGUCAACCGCCUUUUUCCACCACACCUGAACUCGAGCCUGACACACCGCAAGCUCCGUGGGAGGUCGUACGAUGGACAAAACUGCGCAAGAUUGCAGGGCAAGCAUUCUCGGAAAUUGGUCGACGGAAUUUCGGGCGGCCGACUUGUAUAUGUGUGUCGACAGCUAUUGUGCUAGGCACAUCUAAGGGUAUUGUUCUUGUUUUCGACUAUCAACAGAAUUUAAAGACGAUUAUUGGUCCUGGAACAAAGGCCGUUGAAGCUGGCGCCGUCGCCUCUUUAGCCAUAUCCGCGGACCACACAACCGUCGCAGUAGGACACGCACAAGGCGAAAUAUUCACAUGGGAAAUCUCGAGAGCUUCGCGACCGUUCCUCCACAUUCCGCCCACGCCAAUGGCUCAACAUGUUCAAGGCGCUUCUGAUGGUCACAUAACUGGCGUUGCUGUCGUUCACAUCGGCUUCCUUGGUACCAGACGAACUGCCUUGGUCUCUGCCGAUGAUCGCGGUAUGGCGUUUUCGCACUUGGCAACUCGAGGCAUGGGCGCAGUUGCUAGAACGGUCAAGACAACUAGGAUCCUGGGACGAUAUCCGGAGCCCCCUUCCGAGGAAGCGAAGCCGAGAAAACCUAGCUCUGUGUUGGCAUUUUCGCCUCUGCCUCUGGGCAAUGUUGAUCAGUCGACGGACGGACUCGGCUUGGUCGCAAUGCUUACGCCGUAUCUACUUGUUAUCGUGUCAACGACCCCCGUAGCACAUACUCAGUUCAAAACGCCCCGACCAAAGGAAGUUGGUUCUCACAGCGUUAUGAGCGCUGCAUUGGCGUGGUUUCCUGCAAUCAAACUCAAAGGAAAAGAGGAGAUAUCACAUACAAAGCUCGUCUACUGCUGGUCGAAUGUCUUGACCGUACUAGACGUCCAUGAAUCAGAUGCGGAUGGUGAGCCGUCCAAGGAUCGCCCGCCUGUCCUCGAGUUUCGCCCCAGAAGUCGCUGGCGGGCUAACGAAGCAAUUGUUGCUGUACAAUGGUUGAGUCGAUCUGUUUUGGCUGUCCUGACUAUCACUCAACAGUUGCUGAUCCUCGAAGACAAAACACUUCGUGUGACAGACUCUUUUGAUCUUAUCCACAAACAUAUUUACCACACUGAUUCCUUCUCAUCUCACCUCCAUACGUUGGUAGAACAGUACGACGAAGAGAAUGCGAACAUGCAUGGGGUGGUUGCGGAUGCCUUUUACCAAAGUAUAAAAGCCUACAAGGGUCGUCUCUUCCUGCUGGGCUACAAUGACUUGUCUGUGGGAAGUCUGUCUAACUGGGCUGAUCGUUUGCUUGCGUAUAUGGAAACCGGCGACUUUGUCUCGGCAAUCCGGCUAGCGACAUCAUAUUACCAAGGAGACGCGGAGAAGUUGACAGUUGGGCUUCCUGAAGAAGACGAUCUGCGACACUCGGUUGUUGAAGAAAAAUUACUUGAGAUGAUAUCUGCUUCUCUCAAGUUUGCCUUUGGAAGGAAUGAAGAUGCAGGCACCGAGCGUCUUCAAAAGUCACAAUUGGAAGCCCUUGCUGAUGCAAGCAUAACUGCAUGUAUAUGCAUGGAGAACUUUGAUUUCCUUUGGGACGAGGUCUAUGAUUGGUAUGACGAACAUGAUUCAGAGGGUAUCUUCUUGGAUAUCCUUGAACCUUUUAUACGAGACGACAAAGUCAGAUCUAUGCCCCCGACAGCUUUGAAAGCUCUGAUCAGCCAUUACUCAACUACAUACACGUCGACGCGUCUUGAAGAGGUGAUCUGUCUUCUUGACCCUACCACCAUGGACAUCGAACAGGUGACCACGCUGUGUAAACAACACAAUCUUUACGAUGCCUUUAUCUAUGUUUGGAACUGUGUGCUAUUGGACUACGUUGGGCCGUUGGAAGAGCUUUUGGCAUUCGCGACUCGCGUAAUGGAUUCUACCGAGAAUGUCGCAUCGAUCGAAUAUGAGAAUGCAAUGAAAGCUUUCCCGUAUCUUUCCUUCAUCCUCACCGGACGCACAUAUCCCACCGGGGAAGAGAUGACUGAAGAUCAGGCAGUCAACGCAAAGCAAACGUUGUACACCUACCUUUUUACUGGAACCCAUCUUCCUGGCUCGAAGCAAAAACCGUUUGGCGCGCUUCGUACGAUUCUCAAGUUUGAUUCCUCUAGUUUCAUGAGCAUGCUGAACGAGGCAUUUGAAGAUAGCUUCUUGAAUGACUCGGCUGAUGCUGCUGAUGGUGAAUCCCAACAGCCAAGCUCUUCCGGCGUGACCAUUAACCGCCAAUUCCUCGUUAGUGUUCUUUUAGAUGUCAUGGGCAAUAGCGAGUUUGGUCCCGACGAAAGUAUUUUUCUCGACAUGUUCAUUGCGAGGAACCUGCCAAAGUACCCUCAAUACAUUCUACUCUCAGGCUCCACAUUGUAUCAAGUGCUUGAGCGGUUGUGUCAAUGGCCUACCCCAGAGCUUGCAGAAGAUUGUCAACUCAGUGUGGAAUAUCUGUUAUCUACCUACCAUCCCCCUGAUCUUCAGAGCUUGAUACCUCUUUUCAAAGAAGCGGGGUUUUACCGUGUGCUGAAGUCUACCUACCGCGCCGAGAAGCAGUAUGCUGAGCUUAUUGUCACUUAUCUCGAGGACACGAGUGAGCGAGAGGAUGUCUUCAAUUGUAUAUAUGAAUGUCUGCGAUCAAGAAGUGCGCUUACCGGUAAACAACGAGAGGAUGUUUUACAGGUGAUCAAGAGUCGGGCAGGCGAGUUGGCGCUUAUCAAUGUCUCGAAAACAGCGCGCACAGUUCAAGAGCUCAUGCCUUCAUUGCACGCAGUCUUCUUGAAGUCGUUGAAGCAAGAUGAUUAUAAGCAAUAUCAUUAUUUGUCGACGCUACUUGAACCACAGGAUUCGGACACUGCCACUCCAGGCACUCCAGCAGAGCUCGAAAAGUCGAUGGUCGAGUUAUAUGUACAGUUACUGUGUCGAUACAAUCGACCUCACGUGGCAGAUUAUGUCGAUACACUGCGGGUCAACGACCUGCGGCUAGACGAAGUUCUGCCUGCGAUGGAGGGAAGUGGUGUUGUUGACGCGGCGGUUGUACUCUUAGCGCGGCAAGGGCAGGUUCGCAAGGCCAUGGACCGUCUACUAGCAUACUUGAACACUUUGGAAUCCGGCCUGGUGGGAAUACUGACCAAUGCAGAGGAGGCACCCGACGCCGCUGGUACGUUUGAGGCUGUUGGAGAUCUCUUGGAGAGCGUGCAGAAGUACUCAGGAGUUGGAAUAUGGUUGUGCCAGGGACAAACAAAAAAUGCGCAGCCUCUUCGCAACGGCAACGACAACGUGCGAAUCAACAAACGCGGUUCUGUGAUGGCUUUGCAGGAGCCACUGACAUUCGAGGAGAAUCUCUGGUUAGACUUGAUUGAUGCAGUUGUUCGGAUGGCUCGCAAUAUCUCCUCGCUUCUACAAAAGACGUCGACUCCAGAUCAACUGAAAUCCUUGCUGUCAUCUGAGGUUCAGGAUCGAUCUGAUGGGGACGUGGAGUUGAUAUCUUCAUUCCGACAGUUGGUGCAGAAAGUCUUCACUGCGCUACUAACCAGUACGACAACCGGCGGACCGUCACCCAGUGAACGAACGGGGCUGUCGUUCUUACGCAUUCUUCGAGCCUUCCUUACCCAAGCUGCGACUACUUCACCGUCACUAUCCGAACUACGUUCCGUCCUCGCAUCUAUCUUUUCUGCAUAUACAUACGAAGAAUCCUUACUGUCUCUGGCCAAUGGCAUGCUUGAUAAAGAUUUAUUCGUACACGUGAACGAAGUCACCAAGCUCCGCCAACACGGCUGGCGACCUAGAGGCCAGGUUUGCGAGAUUUGCCGCCGUCGCAUCUGGGGACCUGGAGCAGGCGCAUCUCUAUGGACUGCAUGGGAACAAAAGAAGGACAAUGAAGACCGCCGACGAAGCGAGCGGCAGGUAGAUGACCGCAUCGCACUUUCCAAGGGCAAGGGCCCAAGCAAGAACCGCGGCGAAGACGAUGGAAAUCUGACUGUCACCAACAACAGCAGUAGUAACGUCGAUACGGCAACGGAAGUUGAUGAUAGUGAUGACAAUGCAUCGUCAAACGACACUACCGAGAACUCCAAAGGACUAGGCUUAGGACCGAUAGUAGUCUUCGCAUGUCGCCAUCUCUAUCAUCAAAGUUGUCUGGUGACCAAGUUGGGUCCCGCGAGAGAGGGCAAGUUAGAGUCACACCAGCAAAUGAAUAAACUUGGACACGAAACGAGUCGGGAACUUUCCUGCACGAUAUGUACAUGA